CAUUACUGUCUAAGUAAGAUGUGGGAUGCUUCAUGUUUUUUUAGCUUUCCACUGGCGGUGAUCUGUCUAAUGUGAUGUUUCAGGCCAGAUAUUUUUUCCAGCAGCUGAUCUCAGGAGUUAGCUACUGUCAUUCCAUGCAAAUAUGCCAUCGAGAUUUGAAGUUAGAGAAUACCUUGUUGGAUGGGAGCCCUGCUCCUCGUCUGAAAAUCUGUGAUUUUGGUUACUCAAAGUCAUCUCUGUUGCAUUCAAGACCCAAGUCAACGGUUGGUACUCCGGCUUAUAUUGCCCGAAGUUCUUUCUCGGAGAGAAUACGAUGGCAAGAUGACAGAUGUAUGGUCAUGUGGAGUGACUCUUUAUGUUAUGUUGGUUGGUGCUUACCCGUUGAGGACCAGGAGGAUCCAAAGAAUUUUAGGAAAAACUAUUAG